CGCGACGCCUUCGAAAGGGAAGAGACGGUGGCGACGUCGACGGCACAGAAACGUUUGAUUUUUGAAUAAUACACCGAUAGAAAAUUUAAAAACGCGGAGUAGUAAAAAACAAACCCCCACAAGACUUGUAGAUUACGCGUAAUUAAUCGACCGAGAUGUCUGCCCAGGCUCAGAUGAGAGCUUUGCUUGAUCAGUUAAUGGGGACUGCGAGGGAUGGUUCAGUGUAUCUUUGCCAGCCUACAUCAAUCUGCAAGGGAGUUGCAGAAAAGCCUCAUGUUCAUCGAGCCGUUUGAUCAAGAAAAGCUUUUCCCCUUUAAUCUUUAUUAAGACCAUGGACCAAUAGACGCUCCAGGCUGGGUACAGUAUGGGAGAGAGAGCUCGCAGUGUGUAUAAACUAACACUUCUAGUUUUUGGUUUUCUGUUUUUUUUGUUUUUUUUUUUUACUUUUUUUCCUCCCCCCACCAUUUUUAUUUACUGAAGGACUGGAAUGUGUACAACAGACUGGCCCAACGGUUUCAAACAUUCAAUAAAAUGUACUGAGAAUGUCUAAGCUGCAACUCAUGCAAUUCAGUUCACACCAAAGGUAGUCCCUGCCCUAAACGCAUCUGUCUGUUCCUGUCAGCUCUUUGAAGCCAGAGAGCAUCACCAUUCACUGUUAGUUAAUGUUUCCAUUAUACCUAAACACAACACAGCACAGCCUGCCUGCAGAGAUAGAAUCUUACUGUACAUUAUAAAUACAUUAUCCUGACCUAUUAAAUGUCACUCUGUCUCUUGUUGUUUUAACCCUAUCUGAUAUUGCCCUUGAUGGUUAAUCCUAAAGGGGUAAUAACAAAUAACUACAGUGGCCAAAGCAAAACUGACCUUAUGUCAGACAGUAUGUAGCUUUCGCCAUUAAUGGGGCUAACAUCAAACUUGUUAAAGGUGCCUUCCAUAGAGUUAUACACACAUUGUAUUUGAUAACAUUUGCUUGGACAUCCUUUGUCUAAUGGGGACCUCUGAUGUAAGAUUCAACUCUCGUAUUAUGUAGUGAGGUUGCAUCGUGACAGAGCUGGUUCUAGAGACUAAUUAGCUGUUUAGUUUUAGUACAGUUGGCAACUUCACUCUCAAGCUCACUUUCUUAACUACAAAUCCCAUCAUCCCUUUUGCAGCGAGAGGCAGAAAUGUGACCUUGGCCCCCCAGACUUAGCAGUGUGUAUUGUUGAAGUGCGAGGUGUGUGUGAGACAAAAAUGUAUGUGUGUAUGUAGUUCCACUCAUUGCAUGCGUUUUGCUCUUGCAGGAGACGAGUCUCGGCAGAGGGUGAAGUUUACAGAUGAACGCGUGUGCAAGUCCCACCUACUGAACUGCUGUCCACACGACAUCCUCUCUGGCACACGUAUGGACCUGGGUGAAUGCUCAAAGAUUCAUGACCUGGCCCUGCGUGCAGACUAUGAGAUUGCUUCUAAAGAGCGGGACCUGUUCUUUGAAUUGGAUGCGGUUGACCAUCUGGAGUCCUUCAUUGCCGAUUGUGACCGCAGAACUGAGCUGGCAAAGAAACGUCUCGCUGAGACACAGGAGGAGAUCAGCGCAGAGGUUGCUGCCAAGGCAGAGAAAGUCCAUGAGCUUAACGAGGAGAUUGGAAAGCUGCUAGCCAAGGCCGAGCAGCUGGGUGCAGAAGGCAACGUAGACGAAGCCCAGAAAAUCCUGCAGGAGGUGGAGAAAGUCCGCAGCAAGAAGAAAGAUGCGGAGGAGGAGUACAGAAACUCGAUGCCUGCCUCCAGUUUCCAACAGCAGAAGCUUCGGGUGUGUGAGGUGUGCUCUGCCUACCUGGGUCUCCAUGACAACGAUCGUCGCCUCGCUGACCACUUUGGCGGUAAACUGCACCUGGGCUUCAUCCAAAUCCGAGAGAAACUAGAACAGCUGAAGAAAACUGUUCUAGAUAAGCAGGAGCGGCGGAACCAGGAGCGCUUGAAGCGGCGGGAGGAGCGAGAGCGGGAGGAGAGGAUGAAGAGGAAGACCAGGUCACGGAGCCGGGAGCGCAAAAGGUCUCGAUCCCGGGACCGUGAUCGUGACCGCGAGCGGGAACGAGAGAAGGAGAGAGAGCGGGAGAGAGAGAGGAGAAAGCGGCGGUCCCGUUCGGUAUCGCGUGAGAGGCGUCGAUCCAGAUCACGUUCCCGAGAGAGAGAGAGACGCAGGAGGCACCGAUCUCGUUCCAGAUCCCACUCUCGCCAGAGCCGGGAACACUCACACAAGUCAUCUCGCGAUCAUGAACGAUCUCGGGAGCGUGAAGGUCGGCGUUGUUCAUCCGAUGGUCUCAACGGGAGGGCGGAGUCUCGUCGCUCGGGAGACAGAGAGGCUGGAGAGCUCUGAGCAUCAUUACCCAGAAGCCUUUCUAGCACACUGCAGUUACCAUGGAAACUCAGACUUUUAACAUGUGCCCCUUAGCUGACUGUGCAAUCCUCCCAGCACCACGUACAUUUAUUAUUAUUAUUAUUAUUAUUAUUAUUAUUAUUAUUAUUAUUAUUGAGUCUUGUCUUAAGUCACUGUUAUUCAUUAACAACAUUAACACAGGUUGUAAGCUGUGUUCUGUCAACUCUGGGUCAAUUUACAAAAUUUGCAUUUUCUCAGCCAUUCAAUACAUUCUAUCCAGUUUGUUGAAGCAGAAAUAAAAUCAAUCAGCAUUGUCACUGGGUAUGAAGAUCACUGUGCUUAGAGGGCCAUGCCCAUUUUUCUUGCAAUUUGUGCAGCGGAGGAUUGCAUUUAGCAUAAUUACCACUGUCCUACUUAAGUCCUCUUGUUUCUGUUUAAUCUUAGACAGCUCAGCUUUUUAUUGUACAUCUCCCAUUAGAUAUAAGUUGUCAGAUGGGUUGGUUGAUCUGAUCUGAGGUCAGUCUGACAUCCGUGUAUGUAAACGUAGCUACAAGAAUCCGCAGACAGAUGGGGCACAUCCACACCUGCUGUCUCAGUAGCAGACAGCUAGAGAUCAGUACAAGUGUGAUUUAUCGCCAGGUUGAAUUCUUAAUGGUUUUUUUUUUUUUUUUUUCUUUUUUUUUUUUUUUUUCUCCCCAGUUUGAAAUGUCUGUUUUAUAAUGCAGUUAAUCCAUGUUGCCCUAAUCAAGCUCAUUAAAUGGAUUUUAUGAAUUUAA